GAUACGGUCACCAUUGGCGAACUGUCAUUCAAACUCAAAGCGCCAAAGAAUCCAGAACUUGUCCCAGGGAACUACAUUUCAGACUCUCUGGCCCAGACUGUUAUCCAGCACCUACGAUGGAUUAUGCAAAAAGACCUUUUGGGCCAAGACGUCUUCCUUAUAGGACCCCCCGGGCCUUUGCGGCGGUCUAUAGCUAUGCAAUAUUUGGAGCUGACGAAGCGAGAGGUGGAGUACAUCGCCCUCUCCAGGGACACAACAGAAACAGAUCUCAAACAGCGGAGAGAGAUCCGAGCUGGCACAGCCUACUACAUCGAUCAGUGCGCAGUCCGUGCAGCUACAGAAGGUAGGAUCCUGGUUCUGGAAGGCCUGGAGAAGGCAGAGCGAAACGUCUUGCCGGUGUUGAACAAUUUGCUGGAGAACAGGGAAAUGCAGCUCGAAGAUGGCCGUUUCCUUGUGUCAGCAGAACGUUAUGACAAACUGCUGAAGGAACAUAAGAAGGCAGAGUUGGAUGCAUGGAAAAUUGUCAGGGUCAGCGAAGACUUCAGAGUGAUCGCCCUGGGCCUUCCUGUACCCCGAUAUUUGGGUAACCCAUUAGACCCGCCUCUUCGGUCUAGAUUUCAAGCCAGAGAUGUUUACUAUCUUCCCUUUAAGGAUCAUCUUGCGCUGUUAUAUCGUAUUGGAUCUAAUGUUGCAACAGAGAGAAUUUCCCAGCUUUUGUCCUUUGCCACAACCCUUUGCACUCAAGAAUCUUCUGCGCUGGGGCUUCCUGAUUUUCCUUUAGAUAGCUUAUCUUCUGCCGUAAAGAUUCUGGACACCUUCCCUAUGAUGUCUGUCCAGCGCUUAAUCCACUGGCUUUAUCCGUAUGAGGUUCUGCUAGGCAAGGAAGGGAAGACGGCCGUGGAAGACGCUUUAAAAAGAUUUGAGCUGCGGGAUUCCACAAAACCUUCACUUCCUAUAAGAGUUACAAGUGUCAGAAAGAGAGAGAAUGACCAGAACUUCCAGGCUGACGUGACCGUCCACAUAGCUGGGAAAGAAGUGACCUUUCAGGUUCCGGCUGGGACGGAGCCAGCCAAUCUGCGUUCGGGGCCAGAGGAUUUUAUCAGGACUCCCAGCCAGGAACAGCUGUUGGCAGAAGUGAUGAUGUCUCACAUGGUGAAAGACGUCUGCUUGAUUGGAGGAAAAGGCUGUGGUAAAACAGUUGUUGCUAAGGAGUUUUCGGCUGCCUUAGGAUACAGCGUAGAAUCUUUCAUGCUCUAUCAGGAUAUGACAGCCCGAGACCUGCUGCAGCAAAGGUACACCCUCCCGAAUGGGGACACCUCUUGGAGACCUUCCCCGCUUAUAACAGCCGCCCUUGAAGGGAAGCUUGUCGUUCUUGACGGCGUUCACCGAGUCAACCCAGGCACUCUGGCCGUGCUCCAGAGAUUAAUUCACGAUAGAGAGAUCACUCUUUAUGAUGGUACCAUCCUGCUCAGGCAAGACAGAUAUGAAAAGUUAAAAGAACAGCUGCAACUCUCUGAUGAAAACCUACGGCAAAGGUCCAUUCUUCCCAUCCACCCUUCCUUUAGAAUAAUUGCCUUAGCAGAGCCUCCAGUUGUCGGAAGCACCACACAACAGUGGCUGAUCCCAGAGCUCUUAACACUUUUCCUUUUCCAUUACACGAAGCCUCUGAGCAAGAGUGAAGAAAUGAAAGUGAUUAAUGAGAAGGUCCCAAAUGUGCCUGGCGCUGCGGUGGAGCAGCUGUUGAAGUUAACACACAAACUUCGCGAGACCCAGGAUCCCCGAGCGCAGUCGUUAGCUUCAUCCUUGUCUACACGGCAGCUGCUGAGAAUUUGUCGGAGACUGUCUUGCUACCCAGACGAGAGCCUCUCUCACGCUAUCAAUAAAGCUUGUCUUUCUAGGUUUUUACCCAACCUCGCAGCAUCUGCUCUACGCAAAAAUUUGCUGGACUGUGGAAUUCACGCAAGCCCUGCCGAUACUGAAAAUACAGAUGAAAAGGCUUUGAAUUGUGAAAUCAACUCUGGAAUCCUGAGGAUUGGUGCUGCUAGCAUCCCAGUUCACAACCCCAAUGAAAGAAUGAAAGUACCCGACGUUCUCUUCUACGAAAACACGCAACAUAUGAUGGUGAUGGAAGAUAUGCUAAAAGACUUCUUGCUUGGAGAGCACCUCCUGUUAGUGGGCAACCAGGGUGUGGGGAAAAACAAGAUUGUUGACAGAUUCCUUCACCUGUUGAAUAGACCAAGAGAAUAUUUACAGCUGCAUAGGGAUACCACCGUCCAAAGCCUUACACUGCAGCCUUCUGUUAAAGACGGUCUUGUGGUCUAUGAGGAUUCUCCACUCGUGAAAGCUGUCAAGUUCGGUCACAUUUUAGUUAUUGACGAGGCAGACAAGGCACCCACAAAUGUCACCUGCAUUUUGAAGACUUUAGUGGAAAGCGGAGAAAUGAUUCUGUCGGAUGGAAGGCGCCUCAUUGCCAAUCCUGCUAACGUAAAUGGGAGAAAGAAUGUGAUAGUUAUUCAUCCAGAUUUCAGAAUGAUUGUUUUAGCCAACAGACCUGGAUUUCCUUUCUUGGGUAACGACUUUUUUGGAACACUAGGAGAUAUCUUUAGCUGCCAUGCAGUUGAUAACCCUCAACCGGACUCAGAGCUGGCGAUGUUGCGACAGUACGGACCUGAGGUUCCGGAGCCAGUCCUGCAGAAGCUGGUGGCUGCUUUCGGGGAACUUCGAAGCUUGGCUGACCAAGGAAUAAUAAAUUAUCCUUACUCAACUAGAGAAGUAGUGAACAUAGUAAAGCACCUACAGAAAUUCCCAGCGGAAGGACUUGCGAAUGUUGUCCGAAACGUCUUUGAUUUUGACUCCUACAAUAACGAGAUGCGUGAGAUUUUAAUUAGGAUCUUGCACAAACAUGGGAUACCAAUUGGAGCAAAGCCUACCAGUAUACACCUGGCCAAGGAGUUCCCACUGCCGGAUCCAAAAUUUACGGGCUACUGGAAAGUCAACCAGCUAGGCAGUGCACAACAGAAACUUCUGUGCCCAACUGAAACACGUCGCGUAGAUAUAAAGGGUCCUCUGUACUUAAAUGUGCAGGCCUUUCCCAUGGAGAAGCACGAAGCCAGGUCCCUGAGUUUCACAGAGGAGCAUGCCUUUUGGUCUCUGCCUUUGAACGAAGUCAAUUUAGUGUGCGAUGUUGCGGUGGCACAAGAGAAUGAAACAGAAAACUCCCUUUAUGUGGCUACUUGCAAUCCAGUAUCCUUAUACUUUAUGAGGACAUCCAGUACAAAUGGCUACUAUGUGGACUUGUAUGACAUCUUCCCAAGGACAAUUGGAGGCAUCUGGCAACCUCUGGUGACGGUGGCUCCGCUGGGGAAUCCGCUCCAAGGACAAGUUAUUUUGCACGAAGAGCAGACGAAUGCCAUUCUGUUGCUGGACACCAAGGCUCGUACCAUACGCCAACUUCUGCUGUCACCAGAAAUGCACGAGACUCCAAAAAGGACAUCCUGGUGGGGCAGCAAGGAGGAGAUGAGGAGUCAUAAAAUGUGCAAAGAGUUUUCACACAAAAACUGGCUCGUGUUCUACAAAGAAGAAGGGAGCCUCCUGGUUGUUCUCGAUGCCCUGGAGGGUCGUUCUCACACCAUCUCACUGCCAAUCAACCUCAAGUCUGUCUUUUUGGUGGCUGAAGACCGGUGGCUCCUGGUGGAAAGCAAGACAAAUCAAAAAUAUCUUUUGACGAAGCCUGUGCACAUGGAAUCCGAAGAGAGCCAAGUUUGCCAGUUAUUUGCCAUCAGCGAGGAGCCGGUGGAAGCUGGAUUUGGACUAACCACAGCUUCAGAGCCAACCGAGCCCCAGGCCAUUUCUAGUGACCAGCUGUCUUCAGAGAACUUGAGUGCCGCCGUCGGGCAGAAGAUCAGCUCCCCCAACAGAAUGUUCUCUGAUGCGCAAAAUUACGCCACUCUUGUGGUUGGCUUUCCAGAUCUCAUGUCCCCCAAUGAGGUCUACAGCUGGAAGAGAGGCUCCACGCUGGGCACGAGGGAGCCUUCGCCUUCUGAUCCGCUUUACUAUGGAAGGCCCAGUAAGGGCAGAGCAGCAAAACGAACCAACUGUGUGACUCUGACAGCUGCCAGUCAGGCAGUCCGAGUUGUGGCUCCCGGAGACGUCCCUCUGAAAGAACUUUAUGCCAAAGACGUCACUCCCCCUCAGACUGCUGGAUAUUUGGAGAUAGCAGACCUUACAAUCAAGAAACUUAAAUAUAUACCUAUUCCCAGAUCAGCGUCCCUGACUCCAUACACUUCGUGGCUGUCCGCGAUAUCUGACACAGACGUCCUCUUGGCAAAGGUUGGCGACUUUGGCGUCGUUACCGUAGACAUGGGGGGCACCGUCAGGCUCUGGGAGACCAGCUUCGAAAGCCUUCAAAGAUCCCUCCAGGAAUGGAGAAAUAUGAUUGGACGAGAGGAUGGGAGACCUGUGCAGAUAACUAUCCAGCGAGACAGUGGCUUGGAUGUUAGUUCUCCAAAGCAUGGGAAGGUCGAUCCUGACAACGUUCCUCAUGUUGGUGGAAACACCUGGGCUGGUGGGACAGGCGGGAGAGACACUGCUGGCCUGGGGGGCAAAGGGGGGCCGUACCGGCUGGAUGCCGGCCACAAGGUGCACCAGGUGUCUCAGGCCGAGAAAGACGCUGUGCCCGAAGAGGUGAAGAGAGCUGCCAGAGAGAUGGGAGAAAAGGCUUUUAAGCAGAGGCUAAAGGAGAUCAAAAUGAGCGAAUAUGAUGCAGCUACCUAUGAGAGGUUCUCUGGGGCAGUUCGACGGCAAGUUCACCUGCUUCGAGUCAUCCUGGACAGUCUACAGGCCAAAGGAAAGGAAAGGCAAUGGCUGAGACAUCAGGCAAUAGGAGAACUAGAUGAUACCAAGAUCAUUGAUAGUCUGACUGGUGAAAAAGCCAUCUACAAGCGUCGGGGAGAUCUUGACCCACAACUCGGUAGCCCCCUGCAGAAGCCCAAACGCCUCCGCCUGGUGGUGGAUGUCUCGGGCAGCAUGUACCGCUUCAACGGAGUGGAUGGGCGGUUGGAGCGUUCCAUGGAAGCGGCCUGCAUGGUGAUGGAAGCCUUCGAGAACUACGAGCACAAGUUUAAGUAUGACAUCACUGGUCAUUCUGGAGAUGGUUUCAACAUUGCUUUGGUCAACAGUGACAAAGUCCCGAAGAAUAAUAAGGAAAGAUUAGAGGUUUUGAAGAUCAUGCAUGCCCAUGCCCAGUUCUGUAUGAGUGGAGACCAUACCCUAGAAGGCACGGAGCAUGCCAUCCGGGAGGUAGCCAAGGAAGAGGCCGAUGAAUACUUUGUCAUAGUCUUAAGUGAUGCCAACCUGGAGCGGUACGGCAUCCCGCCUGCCAGGUUUGCCGAGGCCUUGACCAUCAAUCCUCAAGUGAACGCUUUCACUAUAUUCAUUGGGUCCUUGGGGGACCAGGCCGGCAGAUUGCAGAGGACUCUACCAGCAGGCCGGGCUUUUAUCGCCAUGGAUACCAAGGAAAUACCACAGAUUCUGCAGCAGAUUUUCACUUCCACCAUGCUGUCCAGCAGCUAGAAAGAACCGGACAAUUCAGUGUGGAAAGCAGCUCAGAAUAAAUCUGGAAGAUGAU